AUCAGCUGAUUUCGAGUGGUUGUUUACGUAUCGCCCUCAACCUCCAUCGCUAGUUCACAUGCCGGAGGCGUUCGAUAGUUCGGCAUUGCACCUUAUAUUAGUAUUCUGGUGAAUGUGUAAGUUGAAUCGUUGAAUUUCAAGAAUACUAGCUUUACCUGAUAAAAACUGCGACUGUACUGGACUGUACGAUUUGUGCUGAAUGCCUCAGUGACUCAAGGAUAAACAUCCGGAGAGGAUGUAGAAGGAACAGGGCACAGAGUAUUCGGGGGAGCACUUGGUGACAGGGAAAGAUAAUUUUCCAUUUGUCGAAAUUUAACCCAUCUCGAAAAUUUUUAUUCCAAGAUUAUUAUAAAAUAUUAAUCAGAAUAGAAAAAAGGAUAUUGGUGAUCAAUUAAUCAAUAAAUUGGUCAUGUCAUGGCAAUAUAAGUUUCAUCCUAAUGGAGGUAGUUUAGUCUGCCUCUCAACGACAAUUCAAACAUCACAGACUCUGGUUAUUCAGGAGAGACAGAGACCCACUUGGCUCAAAUUGAUCGAGAUAUUUUUUUCAAGGAAAAUGCUCUGUGCCGCUGCACAGUAUGGUAUUGCGGCUGGAGUCAUGUUCCACUAUCACGCACGAUUAGGAUUUCAUUUACUACUUCUCGCGGCGUGUAUAAAUCACGUCUAGCCAGUAGUUAAUGAUCACAUUGGAAGAUAACACUGUGUUUGUCGAGUUUAUUUAGUUUCUAUUGAUUAUCAAAAGAAAUAACGUUGGAAAAAUGUUGCUUAGGACUUUGUGUGUUUUGAAGGAAAGACGGACAGUACUUAAUGUUUUCCGUAAAUCAACUUCCGGUCGUUUAAUCGGGAGUUACAGGCAGUUGUUACCACGGGUUAGAGUGUUGGUAGGGGGUAAUGACAAUACCAAAGUGAAAAAAUGUAAAUUCCAUACGACACAGCGUCGGGAUAUACCACCGGGGCUUGCGUUAUUGAUUCGUCCUCUUACCAGAGUUGGAGCCUUUUUGUUUGGAAGGUAUCUCAAGAGGUGGUGGGCCAGGAAAACUCCGGAGGAGAAGGAGGCAUAUAGAAAAUGGUUCAGUGCGAGGAGGCAAAAAAUCUAUGGAGCCUUGGGCGUCGUUCUGGCAGGUCUUCUCCUCUUCUACCUGACCCACAUAGAGAGAGAUCCGUUAACCGGUAGAUAUCGUUUCAUAAUCCUCACAAAAGAGCAGCAAAAAGUCCUAGGAAAACUGACCUUCGACGUUCAUCUGGAGCUGCAUCAAGACUCGAUGGUCCGUUCUGAUCAUCCAGCGUACGUCAGACUCGUGAGAAUAACAGAUCGUCUGAUCAAAGCCAAUCAGGAUUUGCCACAGGUUACAGACAGACACUGGACAUUGUCGGUGGUGGAUUCCGACGAUAAGAAUGCUUAUGUAUUACCAGGUGGUAAUAUUUUUGUAUUUCUGGGGGCUCUCAAGAUCACCGAGAACGACGAUCAACUGGCUAUAAUCUUGGCACAUGAAAUGGCCCAUGUGCUGUUACAACAUCCCAUUGAACAGGUGUCGAGGAACGCUUUAUUGGACAUUUUGUUGGCAGCACCGAUCGCUAUUCUAUGGGCGACGUUUCCGGAUUUACUCGCUCUUCUGGUUCAAGCUUUGGGGAUCAGCCUCAUAGAUGUUCUCGUGACGUUGCCUCACAGCAGAAAGGCAGAGAGCGAGGCUGAUGAGCUGGGAAUUAGGUUGGCUGCGAGGGCGUGUUUCGAUGUCAGAGAGGCUGUUGUCUUUUGGAAAAUCAUGCAAAUGUUGACGGAUUUCAAAGUAGAGCCAAAGGACAUUCCCUGGUUGUCUACUCAUCCCAAUCAUGAGGAGCGAGAAAAGCAUUUGAGUGCCAAAAUGAAGGAGGCGUUGAUGAUAAGAACGGAGUCUGGAUGUCCAAAAUUGAGUCGCUAUGACCCCAUUGAAUCUUUCAACUCUCGAUCAGCAAAGCAGCAUGCGGCUUCCCUGAAAGCCAGGGGAAUCUUGUGAUAAUAUUUUAGAAAAGAAGCGUUUGUUCAUUCAUUGUUGAAAACAUUGUUUGUUCUUCAGGAUUUGAAGUGCCUUUUUUAAUUUAUUUCAUAAAAUACUUUCAUGUAUUUUGUUUUAAUUUUUGUUUGUUUAAUUUUCAUGCAAGUCGUGAUUGUGGGGAGUAUAUUUCAUGUACAUUGUUUUGAUUGGUAUUGUUGAAGAAAUAAAGUGAUUUUCAGAUAA